UCGACUUUUUAUAAUUUGAACAGCGCGCAUGAACAAACAAAAGUCGGGACUAAUUAAACACUACAAAUAGUAUAAGUUCAUAAUACCCGAGCACGAUGAGGUUGCAUGACCUCGGAAACAGUACCCAACAGUAAUAUUUCAAACAUCUCCUAGUCCCCUGUCUAGUUCGCUAGCACCCUGUUAGCCCUUUCAGUACCUACUUUAACGAAUGCAUCCCGUUAGAAAGUGAUCGAUCGCCUGUGACCGAAGAAUAUUCCACAUAACUGAAAAAGAUGUUAAGCCGACAGGUUAGACCAUUCUUCUGUAAGUUUCGAGUCAGAUGUGCUAGUUCUAGUGGUGCGUUGGAAUUCGAAGAUAUUCCGUCUCCGAAACGGCUGCCCUUAAUCGGAACAACCCUUUCUUUGCUGGCUGCAGGGGGUGCGAAAAAUCUCCACAAGUACGUCGAUAGGAGGCACAAAGAACUCGGGUUGAUUUUUAAGGAUAAUGUCGGACCCGUUUCUUGUGUUUUUCUGGCAGAUCCGGAAGGGAUGAGGCAUGUUUUUUCAAAAGAAGGAAAAUAUCCGGUUCACAUAAAACCGGAAUCUUGGCUUCUAUACAACGAGAAACACGGCUACACCAGAGGCCUCUUCUUCAUGGACGGCGAAGAAUGGCUAAAGUUCAGAAGAAUCAUGAACAGCUUGUUGCUGAAGGGUAGCCUCUCUUGGCUAGAAGAAUCUUGCGAUGCGGCUGGUGAAGUACUUGUCAAGAAACUCGAAGGGUUCAAGAACAUCGAGGUACCUAACUUGGAACAAGAAAUGUACAAAUGGUCCAUGGACGUGAUAGUAUCGGUAUUAGUAGGCAAGAGGACUUACGCUUCGCACCAAGAGGAAUUGGACGUCCUGGUAUACGAGUUAGCUGGGAAGGUUUCUAAGAUAUUCGAAACUACGAGUAAGCUCCAGCUGAUAUCUGCGAAACUCGCUCAGAAAUAUCAGCUGGGCUACUGGAAACGAUUCGAAAAUUCGGUAAAGGAGGGCUUGGAUUCUGCCUAUAGUAUAGUGAAUCACAUUACCGCUAACUACAAAGACUCAGAUGGCUUGAUGGCUAAAAUGCUCAGCGAAAAUAUCAAGAGUGAUGACUUGAAUCGGAUUAUUGUAGAUCUGAUAUUGGGAGCUGGAGAUACUACGGCGUAUACCAUGAUUUGGAUUCUGUACAUUCUAUCUAAGAAUCCGAAUGUGCAGAAGGAACUUCGUAACCAAUUACUCCAGAACAAGAAAACCCCAUUCUUGAAAAACGUAGUGAAAGAAACCCUGAGGCUUUAUCCUGUUGCCCCAUUCAUUACAAGGUUUCUUCCCGAAAGUGUCACGUUGUGUAACUACCGUAUACCGGCCAACACCUUAGUAGUGAUGUCGAUCUACACCAGUGGAAGAAAUGAAAAAUAUUUCAUUGAACCGGAACUAUUUCAACCUAAUCGGUGGCUUAGAAAUAAUCAUGAGAUGAAUAUGGCACUCCAGCAAGCAAGCCUACCUUUUGGAAUUGGGUCAAGAUCGUGCAUCGGUAGGAAAAUUGCAGAGCACCAGCUUCAUGGAACCCUUGCCAAAAUUGUGGAUAGGUUUCAGGUUGAAAUGUGCAAUAGAGAGGAGGUGCAUGAUAUUUUGCAGAUGAUUAUCAAGCCAUCACAGAAUAUGCGAUUUAAAUUCAAUAGAAUUCAAGACUGAACUGAAUAACUGAAAGUUCAACAGUGACUGUGGGGUUAGUUUAAAUUUUGUUAUCUAUGAACUGAAAGUAGUUCAAGAGCACUUCAGGGAAAAUUGGGUUCUCAAUAUGAAGAAUGUCAUCCCUGGACAUCCCAGACAUGUUGAUAUUGAUAGAAAAGGUACACAUUUUGCAUCUGUCUGUUUUAAGUCAUGCAUAUUCAACCCUUUGACGUGACGUGACGUGAC